AUGUCCUAUUACUUUGCCAUUAUUGGCACCAAAGACAAUCCCCUUUUCGAACACGAGUUCGGAACCUCGAGACAAGGCGGUGACGGCGUUGCGCGAUUCCGUGAAGAUGCGAGGCAUAUGAACCAGUUCAUCGUGCACAGUAGUCUAGAUAUCGUAGAAGAGGUGCAGUGGGGAGGCGGGCAGAUGUAUCUCAAACACGUCGACUCUUUCCGCAACUCCCACGUCUUCUCCUUCAUCACCGGCGGCAACGUCAAAUUCAUGCUCCUCGUCGCUCCCGACACGCAUAACGCGUCGCGCGCCUCGUCCGCAUCGACAGCGCGAAGCUCGACCUAUGGCCAGGUCAGCACGUACAACCCGACCGCUCCGUCCACCGAAGAACCCAUCCGGAACUUCUUCAUUGAGGUGUACGACGCUUGGUUGAAGACGAUCAUGAGUCCGUUUUACCAGGUCAAUAUGCCUGUGAAGAGUCCGGUGUUUCGGGGACGGGUUGCCGGGGCAGCGAAGAAGUAUUUGUGA